UCAUAAAACACGAAUAAUCAAUAUGAUAUGCUGUUUAUGAAACAUUUUAUGAAUUGUUUACUCAUCCCACGCGAACAAAAAACAAUUUAAUGUAUAUUGAUGAUUGGGCCACACAUCAUCGUACCACCAAUUAGUUGUCAUGUGAUCGAGAGUAAACAGCAAUCCAUCAGCCAGUCAUGGAAUUGUAUUCAAUUAACAAGGGGAAAUUUAAGGCAUAACUAUGAAUACAAACUUAAAGUUUUUAAAACGUCUAUUGAUUCGAUUAUUGAUCUACAUCUGUCAGGGCAAAGAUUUACUUGCUUGGUGAGUUUUGGAAUUCAAUUUCGCUUUACAUAGCUUUGAAGGUGACAUGUGCAAUUGGACAACUGAAGGCGUGGAGGUGAGAGCUUUGGUUAAAAUAUGUUCGAAACAUCAAUAUCAAAAGAUUUAUUUGUAAGUUCUUUGUAUCAUAUUCAAAUUCAUAUAUAUCACGCACAAUUUCAUGAUAAAAAAUAGUUUAGAACCAUCCAAGAAAAGGGAUCCGUUUUGAGAAGUCUGCCAGUACAGUGUUUAAAAAGGCUGUUUUAUCAAAUGUUCUUACAUUCUUAUGUAACGUGUUUGGACCUUUGGGGAAUCCUUUCAGCUAUGUGCAAUAUGUAACACUGAUAUGUGCACUCACUUUUUUUGUGGAACUCGGCUAUAAUAUCUCCAGAACGCAUCUCAAGUUGAUAUUAAUGAAUGACGAUAUGGAUUUACUUUACCGUCUUCUACUCUUGGAUUUUACAGCAAUUCUUGUGACAGCGAAUCCUAUGAUGUUUAAUGCAACGCUAAGCGUAAUAGGUUAUUUCGGGUCACAAAACUGGCAAAAUAUGGUAGUAGGUAACGCUAAUGCGUCAUGGAUAGAUGCGUUCGAAGAGUGUAGAUCACUUGGUUACUCCAUCGCGACAGCAUCAUCUACCGGAAAUAAGUUCCUACAUCUCCGCAACUUCCUAUUCCUUCAUCACCCAGAAUUUAUAAACGUGCCACUAUGGACUGGAAUGUUGAAACCUAACCUAGACGACGCAUGGUAUCUUCGGGAUCAGUGUGACAAAACAGUGAACGAAAAUGUAAAAAAUACUUAUGUAAACAAUACCGUUGGUGACAGACAAUGUCUGCUAAUCAAUAUGUCAGUGAAUGCAGUGAGGAUGGCGUACACCUGGUAUGCUUCGUCCUGUUUCGAGCACCAUCCGUUCAUUUGUGAACAAACUAUCGGGAGCAGACCUGUGGAUUCAUAUGAAGACAUGCAGCUACAACAUAUUGACAGUGACACAUCCGUGACUAUAUCGUCAAAUACGACGGUUGAAGACUGCAAGAGAAAACUGGAAGUGGUUUCAAAUGUAUUUACUGCUGAAUAUAAUUCCACUUCUAAACAGUGUACCUCAUAUACUAGAUAUGCUAUCGACCUACCGAUUGAAGUUAAUUUGACCGUCUUCAGUGAGGAUAACACCACUAUCUCGUUUGUGAAGAGCGCGGAAAAUAUCGUUGAUGUGAUUCAGAUGUCGAAUGUUGGUUAUACUGACAAUUAUCAAAUUACAGAUUUACCAUGUUACGGGUAUGGUGAAACAACAGAAACAACUAUUGUCCCAGAUUCUACAGGUUAUGACUACGACAUUCUAACAGAAACUACAACAGCUCCUACUCCGUCUUUAGGAGAUUAUUACUACGAUACUCUAACAGAAACUACAACAGAUCCUACUCCUUCUUUAGGAGUUUCUAGCUUCGGUGGACCAACAGAAACCGCCAUUUUUCCUACUUCAUCUGCAGCUGUGACCAUUGUAACGACCACUUCAACUUUGGAUAGUUCCAGCUCACUGAAUCAGUGGAUAUCUAUAGCAAAGGAGGAGAACAUCGUUAACGAGAAGACCCUAUCGUCUUAUCGCAAUAAACGUGUGAGCGCUUAUGACAGUCGCCCCUCCUCCCAGGCCAUGGGUGUGCUGGGUGCUGUAUUUAUUGCUGCUGUGGUUAGUCUUAUCGUCAUGUCAGAUUUACCAAAUAUAAUACGAGAUUUACGACGUGAUUUACAUGAGCGUAAAUCUAAUAAAACUAAGAGGACACUACACGACGUGUUAUUUUACAAAACAAAACCUCCAUGUACACGUCGAUCCUCGGUGUGAUAAAUAUAAAGCACGGCUUAAAAUAAGUGAAACCGUUAUGUUUUUACCACAUUGUAUACUAUUUUAAAUUUGUACUCCAACAUUACUAUGAAUGAAAUAAAUAUAUUUUUCAAAGUUGGAUUAGUUAGUAAUGUAUGUAUGUGUGUUUAUGUAUGUAUAUACAAACAAAAACAUGUUUGUUUUGAGAAGAUUGAAAAAAGUUACAAGGAUAAGAAGACAGGGUGUUCCGUAAGGGUAAGAAUAUUAUGCUUCAUCGGAACAUCCGCCAUAUCUCACGUUUGUAUGUGCUGGUAGGUCAUGUUAGAAGUUAAUCUAAUACCAAGAGUAAGAACCGAAUGAUUUAUUAAAGCGACAGUAUUUGCCAUUUUCUUUUAUUAAUUACUAUUUAUAAAAAAACUCUUAAAAAGUAUAAAAGACGGGACACGCUUUGUUUUUAGGUAGAAUAUUUCCUUAAACAUCCCAAUUUGAUAGGUAUAUGUUCUCAUCAUGAUAUGUUGGUCUCUGUUAGAAAUGGCAUUUUAGUAAUAUACAUGUUGAUGUAUCUCCUUAGCAGGAAGGAAUUUAUUCAUAUUAUUGAUGACGGCAUAACCGAUGGAUGUUUUUACUUGCUUUAUUCAACUGUUAAAUUUUUACUUAUAACUAGGAGAACUUGCUUUCUUUAACUUAGUCUUCAGCGUACCAUGAAAAUGCUAAAUUCUUUAUUCUUUAGCAACUUUAUUAAUAACUUAUGCAAAUUAUCCCGCAUGGCACAUACAUGAAAAGCUGCCAAAUUAAAUAAUCUAAAAGUACUUUCUAAUAGUACGUAUGUGUAGUUUUGCGAGAAAAAUCUUAAUUUGAUGAGUAUACCUUUAUAUUCGCCAAACACUUCCAGUACAAUUGCAUUUUAUCUGACCAUUACAUUACUUUUGCGAUAUACGAACUUCACAAAUCUCUACGGAGGCACGGCGUUCUAGUGGUAGGACACAGGGCUGCGUGCCCAAAGAGUCGCUAGUCCUGACACGGGCCCUUUGUCGUAUCCUAGAACAAGAUACUUUACUAUGUUAUGUUCCAGUCAACUCACCUAUAAAUGGGCACGUGGUAGGGCAGUUCAGGAAGUGCCAUGUUUCAGCCACUAGCGCCGAAAUGGCAGCUCCAGCUGUAUGCUCCCCUGGCUGGUUGCUAAGGGCCCAAUAACCACAUAUAAAAGUUUUUGAAGAUUUUUCUAUCGCUAUGAUAUAGCAGUAUACUCGUAUAAAACUCAAAAUUAUAACUAUUAUUGUUUCCGAUAUUACAAAUGAUAUUUAUCACUUCCAAUAGCCAUACAAAGAAUAUCUUAAAAAGGACUAAAUUACCCAUAUCUUUGAACCGACGAAGGCCAUGCUAAUGAAUUGACUUAUAUUAUCAAUAUAGUGACUAAUAUAGAAAUCAAAAG